UCGACGAAGUGAGGAGCUUGUGUAGGUUUCCGUAAAGGGACACAACUCGCGGAUAUAAACACAAGCACGUGUUACAGCAUUACAACGAAAGAAUAUCACUAAUAUUUCAUGAUGGACAGCAGUAUCACUUUGAAUCUUUCUGGAACAAAUAUUCAAGUCGGCGAAGGCUCUCAUAUUAAAUCAAAAAUCACCGGAAAUCGGGUCAGACGAAUAAAAGGCCGUCGGAAGCUGAAAAGUAAACAGAAGAAGGAAUUUGCUGAGUCCAAAACUGAAGAGAAAGUAGAUGCGGGGGACACCAGAGAUGGAGGCAUGGCGGGGUAUGAGUCAGCUGAUACAAGACAGGCGGUUGCUACACCACAGACAGGUGAUGGGCAUUCAAGAAAGAGGAAACAGAAAGGUGACAAUGUCGGAAAUACGACUAAGAAGACGAAGAGUGGACAUGGCGGACAGGUGGUUUCAUCUUUGUUCAGAUACAAUCCGGAUAUACCUAAAGUUGUCAGCUCGAAAGUAACAGAAUUGAAAGAAGAUGUGUUUUCAUCAGAUUCCUUCAGUCAUCUCUCUCUCCACCCCUUCAUGGUAAAUGCAUUGGAAGAAAGGCUGCAGCUGACACAGAUGACAGCUGUACAGCAGCGAGCCAUCCCCACAAUCCUUCAGGGUCAGGACGCCCUCAUCAAGUCACAGACUGGCUCAGGAAAGACCCUGGCGUUCGCCGUGCCUAUAGUACAGAAACUGCAGGCCUUGGAACCUCCUAUAACCCGGGCUGAUGGGCCGUACGCUAUUGUCGUAGUACCCACGAGAGAGCUGGCCCAGCAGUGCCUGCAGGUGUUUACAGAGCUUGUCAAGCCGUUUAUCCGAAUUGUUCCAGGCCUUGUGAUUGGAGGUGAGAAGAGGAAGGCAGAGAAAUCCAGCAUACGUAAGGGCAUCAACAUUAUGGUUUGCACACCUGGGCGACUGGUGGACCACCUGGAAAACACAGCCAGUCUGAGGGUGGACAGGGUGGAAUUCCUUGUGCUGGAUGAGGCAGACAGACUUUGUGACCUUGGAUAUGAAAAACACAUUGCCCAAAUUGUGACAGCGUUGAACACACGGAGCAACCAUGGUCGCCAGACUAUCCUUCUGUCUGCCACUCUGUCUGAUGGUGUUGAGAGGAUGGCAGGAAUGUCGCUGGGUGAUCCAAAGCACAUCUUCCUGUCUGAGACACCUACCAGGACAAGUCAGGAGACUCUGCCAACACGCUUCACUGUUCCCCAGAACCUCCAGCAGUAUUUUGUCAUCACUCCCAGUAAACUGAAGUUGGUCACACUGGCCGCCUUCAUCCUGGGCAAGGUGACCACUGUUACAUCACUUAGUGCAAUGGUUAUUUUCAUGGCAACACAGGAUGCAGUGGAGUUUCACCAUCAGCUGUUUACCAGAACACUGUGUGAGGUUCAAGGGAAAGAUGCAGACAGUCUGUCCAUGUUCAGGUUGCACGGAGACAUGGAGCAGAAGGACAGGACGGAGGUGUACCAAGCGUUCAGCAAGUCCGACCAUGGUGUUCUUCUCUGCACUGAUGUGGCUGCCCGGGGUCUCCACCUUGCCCAUGUUCAGUGGAUAGUUCAGUACACCAUUCCCACCCAAGAGGCAGACUACAUUCACCGGGUGGGGCGCACUGCCAGGGCAGGGGCGAAGGGAGAGUCACUGCUCUUUGUAGUGCCCUCAGAAGUAGGCUACCUCCAGGUGCUUAACAAACACAAUGUCAGUCUGAAGGAGCUGAAGAUGAACAAGGUGCUGGGCAUCCUCAUGAAACUGAUGACUGACCUGGCCUCAGACGAGGAAAUGAGGCCGCGGGAUCUGGUGGAGAGUGCCACACACCUACAGAUGAGGUUCGAAAACUUGGUACAGGGACAAGAAGAGAUGCUUAGUCUGGCUCGGAGAGGGUUCAAGUCGUUCAUCAGGGCAUAUGCCACAUAUCCUCAUCACCUCAAGGCUAUCUUGAAGAUCCAGGACCUUCACCUUGGCCAUGUUGCCAAAAUGUUUGGACUACGAGAGGCACCAGCUGGUAUUGGAGACAGGGCGGGACACAAUGUUGUAAAGAAACACAAACAGAGGCCAGGGGCCCCGCGGAGGAGGAAGCACGAGGUGUCAGAGUUCGGCAGCGGCUUCACGAAGACAAAGAACAAAAACUUGGGCCCGCGAAAGAAGAAAAACAAAAAGAAGAAAACAAAGGGGCCAAAAUAGAUGAAGUUUUUUUAUUUUCUGUUCAAAUAUUGUUAAUAAAAACCUUUGUUAUAGAGUU